AAGUACUCUUGGACAGAGGGAGCAGUAUUACCCUUGAUACGCUGCCUGUGUCUGAAAAAGAAAUGCAAUGGCGACUCUAAUGUAUCACAUGUUGUCAUCAUCUUCACUGUUAUCUCUAGGACUUUACCAUCUCAUCUGCACCACCAGAAACCGCCUUAAAUCCACCGUCGGCGGCGACUACACCGCCAAACCCUACCACCCUCUUUCCUUCACAUCUCAACCACAUCUCCGCCGUCUACCUCUUUACAUCCUCCUUGUAUGCCUAUUGAUUUCCUUAAUCCACCAAUCACUCGUAUCUUUCGAUGCUGAUCCUCUCUUAAAAGGCCAUACACCUGUCCACAAAUUCACUUCUCUACAAUCUGCUGCUGUUGUUUUCGCGUUUCUUAUACUUGUUUUGUUCAUUGUUGUCUCGGAAUCGAGUAAUGUUCUUCCCGUACCGUCUGAUCUGUUUUUUGCGAUUGCUGGUGCGCUUUUUUGGCUUCAGUAUUCGGUUUCGGAAUCGAGUGCUUCUGUUCAGACUUCCGAUCUGCAAGCGAAAUGUGAUUCGGUUUCUGCGAGAAUUUCUGCGAUCUCUGCGUUGCUUUGCGUUGUGAUCGCUUUUCAACCUAGGGUUUUCCUUGCCGAUGUUGCGCUUGCUGGUUCUAUUUGUUUACAGGGACUAUGGGUUCUCCAAACUGGACUUUCGCUUUACGUUGACGCGUUUAUACCUGAUGGUUGUCAUAAGUUGUUGGAUGUUGUUACUGGUGUAGAAGGUUCAACUAAGUGUGAUUUGGAGGACUCUAAGCUUAGGGCUGUUGCUAUACUCGAUUUGGCUUUUGUAGUUCAUGUGAUGUUUGUGUUGCUCAUCGUUGUUGUUACUUAUGCUGCCGUUGCUAAAACUGUUGGCAUUAGGAGAUUUGGCUCUUAUGAGGCUUUGCCAAAUACAGACUCAAAUAUUAUACAGAUGAAGGCUAUGACUGGAACUCAGGCUUGAUUUGUUCAUGCAUUAGCUUACAGGGAGGAGUGGCAUACCAGUUAGGUUAGUCCAUCAUUCUUGGCUGCCAUUUCUGAAUCAAGAAGUAUAGCAAUCUAAAAACGAGCUAAGCUCGCCAAGAAGGCUGCCCAAAGCAGAUUUAUGGCACCCUCAAUUCGGUUUUGUUUUUGCAGAGUUCAGGCUGAUGGGAGUAUAAGCAGCUUCUUUUGUACUGGCCCAAUACUUUCAGUUAGAUUGUAUUUUAUUUGGACAAAAUGUUGUAUGAAAUGUCAAAGGCAGUGUAAUUCAGUAGGAGGAGGAAGUUUUGACUCCUGCCUUUUAAUCCUAUAUAUGCUAAACUCUUCAAUCUUG